CUGCAGGCGGAAGCAAACUCAAAGUAAUCUUAAAAUGGCAGCGCUGUCGGGAGGCGAUUCAGGUAAUGGAACUGAUCAGGUACUAGAACUGGGAAGAACAUUACUGACAGAUUUCAUCUACGAGCGGGUUCGUCGCCAUGCUGACAGCGGGACUCAGUUGUCAGUGUCACGGACCCAGUUGGUUGGGAGUAUGCUGUGUGAACCCGAAUCCAUUAAACUGGACCUGUGCCUGCAGCAGAUUGGAGUUGAGCUGGAUGGCCAUACACAACUCCAAAGUAUGUUAAAUGAUACUGCACUCCAGCCCAGCCAUGAGGUUUUUAUGAGAGUGGCCCGUGAGAUCUUCUCUGAUGGAAAGUUCAACUGGGGCAGGGUGGUGGCACUCUUCUACUUUGCCUGUCGGCUGGUCAUCAAGGCUCUGUUGACCAAGGUCCCCGACAUCAUCAGAACCAUUAUCAGCUGGGCUACAGACUAUCUACGAGAUCAUGUGAUCAACUGGAUUAGGGAUCAGGGUGGCUGGGAGGGAAUCCGUUCCUACUUUGGCACUCCCACCUGGCAGACCGUGGGGGUGUUCCUCGCUGGAGUUCUUACAACUGUGCUGGUCAUCCGCAAGAUGUGAGGGGGAGGAGAGCCUGAGAGAAGGACAUUGAGGGGUGGGACAUAAGACCGGGUGGUAGAGGCAGACAUGUGGGGGUGAAUGGAAGAUGUUUCUGGAGAAGGAAAAGGCGAGGAAAAAUAGAGUUGGUUGGAAAAACGGCAACGUUUGGACCCGAUCAACCACUCCUCUUUCCUGCCCUCCAUCGCAAAGGAUUGAGUCAGAUUCAAGGUUCUUCUUACCUCUGUUCCCCACACCGCUGAAAAUGUGAGCGGCUCUUGACCGCACAUACAGGAGAGAAGGAUGGAACGAGAUGUGUAGAGACUCAGCCAGGGCACAUCUUUUAAUUCAUUUUUUAUUUCUUGUAAACAAGUUACUGCAUGACAUUUUGUUGCUUAAGUCUUAUGAACUGAUGACAAAUUAUUUUUUCCCCCCUCAGGUCAGCCAUGAGAAUCUGCUGUGCUUUAUUUCUGUUGCACUUUUCUUCCAUUGAGUCUCUCCUUUUUCCUAUCUGAGCCGUCUCUUCAUGGUAUCUCUUUGCUAGAGUAUGCAUUUUGGGGUGUCUGAUCAUUUAUAUGUGCAUGUGUGACCAUAGGAUCAGAUGUUGCAGGUACGUGUUUGUGCAAUUCUACUGCAGACACACUGUCCUCUCAGAUGUUUACCUCAGCAUAGUGUUCAAAGUACUGUAUUCUAUGGUGGGCUAUUUAAGAGCAGACCAUACCAUAAUCCUUCAAUCAAAUGCUCUUUUUAUACACCUUGUUAAUGUGUUAAAAUAAAUAAGAAAGUUACCUUAUUUGUUAAGUUGUCAGUGCCUUGGUUCUUUUCUUUUCUACAAUAAAUUGCUUUGAUAUUG